GGCAUUGUAGUCUAUUGAUAAGCGAUAGAACAUAGUCGUUAAAUAACAACACACGUCGACUAGUAAAACUGUCUCAGUGUUCUAUUCAAAUCUCGAUUUAUCGCGGACAACAGGUACAAUGCGUGUGUUCUGUUUGACGCUGUUUGUACUGUUUGUGCCUCAAGUGGUAUGCUUGUUUGAAACAUUUUCAUCAGAAUGUGGGUGUAAAAAUGAACUACAAACAUUUGCAAGGCAGCUGCAAUCAGUUCAAGACGCAGUUACGAACGUGACCGCAAACGUGACCAGCAUGCAGGGCCUGAUUGACACGCUCGUGAAAAAACAGUCAGCCUUGCUCACCCAGAUCAGUCAACUGAACCGCACUCUGCACUCCCCUAAGGCCAUUGUUUUCACCGCCCAACUUGCGAAGGACACGGGCAUCCUCGGGCCGAACCAGUACGUGGUCUUUGAUCACGUGGUUACAAACAACGGAGGAGGAUAUGACGUCCAAACAGGGACCUUCGUGGCACCUGUGACCGGAACGUACAUUUUCUACGUGUCAAUCACCAAUUUCAAUCAGACAGACGCCAGUGUCCAGUUGGUCAAAAACGGCCAUCAUCUGCUGACCAUCACGUCCUCUGCAUCGGUCACUUUCCACAAUGCGGUUAACCCGGAAACCAACACCCACGUGGUCACGGUAGGUCUACAUGCCGGGGAUCACGUGGGGGUGCAGAACGCCGGCAAGUUCGACUCCAAUGAGCGCCUCCUUGCUUCCCCUCUGACGUCAUUCUCUGGACAGUUGAUAAGCCCUGUGUUCUGAUUGCGGUUAUUUGCCGUAGUAUAUAACCCGAAAUAAAAUUUAUUUUAAUUGUU